CGAGAGGCAUCCCUGCCUCCUUCCCUACCUGUACACACAUUCGCACACACACACACAUUCACGUGAGAGAGACACAUUGACACAUCCGUGUGCAUCGUGCACCAAAAGCGAGCCCUCGUGUUUCUUGCUGGAGUCGCCGUUGUCGUAGACGUUGUUGUCGUUGUUGCCUCCUCCUGGGUUUUUCGUUUGUGGGAACAAAACCAGAUCAAGCACGACCCUUUGCUGCGGGUUGCCUUUCACUGGUUCCGUAUUGGUGUUGCUGUGCGGGUUGUGUAGAUUGUGUGUUGAGUGUACCGAUUGAUCGCAACGAAAGGACUGUACGAGUCGCCUUCCGUGGCGUGCCUCCUGGUCCAGUCGGGUACAUUCGGAAGUGCGGGUCAGUGGUGAUAUCGAAUACGUGCACACGUUUGUCUGAUCGAUUCUGCUCGGCAGCGUCCAUUUCCAAGUUCCAAAAGGGUCGAUCUUCCAGACCGGAUUCCUGUAUACCUACCUACAGAUUCAUAUCCCACACCUACUUUCCCUAUAUCGAUGCUUCACUCCAUCGCGGAACAACGCCAAAAGCGGGAGCUUCCCCCGCUCUUCUGGUACAUGGAGUUGGGAGAAUGGGAAAAGGCGUCCGAUCGGGUACGUCGACACCCACGGGAAGUCAAGACUUGGGCUACACUCCGUACCAAAAACAACACGGACGAACCCGCCCCGUUGCCUUCGUCCGCCAGCAUUGCCAGUUACGCCACCAAGGCAUCUUCGUCUUCCGGAACCAAGCGACUCGCUCUCCACCACUCGUGCUUCAAACUGAGGACUGCUGGCUCUUGUCCCGUCGCGUCCAAGGCUUCGGAAGAUCCCUACGUACAAGUCUGUCGAUUCAUUCUCAUGCUCCUCCGACUCUAUCCGGAAGCAGCGGGACAGCGAGAGUCGCGACACGGUUGUUUGCCCCUACAUCUAGCCUGCUUUGCCUCCUGUGCGCCUAGGGCCGACGACGAUACCCUCCACAACAACAGCAACCACAGUCGCAACGCGACCUCACCCUCCGCCAUUGCCAAGGCACCCGUCGCUCGCCCCAACAUGAUUGCGCGGCGCAUAGCGUCCGACGCCACCUCCGCCACCACGGACACCAACCUUUCCGCCGUGCACGCCGAAGAAACAUACACCGGAAACAUGGCCGACAAGCAAAUACGUCGCGAUCACACGGUACACGUCGAUCCCAACGUAUCCGUAUCCACCAAGAAACAUCUAUUGAUCAGUUCCAAACGGGAAGAAAUGGCCGUACAAGUACUCAACGCGCUGCUCGACGCCUACCCCAAAGCCAUACGUACCGAUUCCGAAGGCGGGCGUUUGCCGCUACAUACGGCCUGUGCCGGACGGGCCACGCCCCGCGUCAUUGCCACCCUCGUCACGGCCUACCCCUCCGCGGCACGACACCGGAACAAGGAUGGAUUCCUACCCCUACACCUUACCGCACACUGGGGCGUCGCCCAUCCCAACGUCGUCGUUACCCUUCUCAAGGCAUACCCCGACGCUACCGUUGGACGCAAUCGCUGGGAACGAACUCCACUGGAAGAAGCAUUGUGCAUGGCGGGAGAAAACGGUCGACCACAUCAAGCCGCCAUGGUCAGGGCGCUACGGAAGCACCCCUCCUACUGGCAACGAGCGACCGCCGAAAUUAUUCAGGGCACGCGACGUCUACGCCAACCCGGCAGUAACGUCGUGGAUGUGGACGAAAGCUUGCCCUCCAACGACAGUACGUCACUAGAAGAGCAACGCCAAGGUCAUUUCGCUCACGGACACAAUCCACUCGUUGAUCAAGUCGAACAGGAACAUUCCAAAAAGCCCGCGGGCAAGCUAUCCCCAGAAGCGGCCAAAAAGAAGCCCAUGGAUCAUAAACUGGACGAACUUAUUCGACAGCACGACUGGGACGCGGUCAUUCGUCGGGUCGAAACGAAUCCCCUCGAGGUGGAGACGGAAUUGGCGGUCAUGACCCGUGGCGGAUUCCUCAGUUGCUCGGGUGUCACCCCACUCUACUACGCCUGCGAACGCCAACCCCCCGUCGCCGUUGUACAAGCCCUCAUCCAUGCCCAUCCCCUCGCCGUUCUCACGCGCGCCAUGCCUGGUGGGAGUCUACCACUCCACGUAGCCUGUACCUGGCACGCCUCACCCGACAUUAUCUGGGCCUUGUUGGCCGCCGAUCAGGGGGCGGCCAAAGUCACCGACGAACUCGGCAACGUGGCGCUCCACUCAGCGCUUUUUUCCGGAGCCGAUGUCCGGGUGAUCCAAGCGCUCGUCCAAGCCGAUCCCGAGGCCGUACUCUCACGGAAUCAUCAAGGAUCCCGACCCGCCGAUAUCGGCAAACGACUUCGGCACGAAAAUCGCAAAAUGGUGCUGCCAGUACUCCAAACAACCAAGGCACACCUGUUGGCGUCCCAUCGUCGGUCGCGCUCGUCGGGGACAUUGGAGGACAUUGCUCAACAAGCGGAAGAAUUGAAUCAAAGGCAGGGCACGCCCUUGGGCACUCCGCAAAGUCUUCAUCGACUUGCGAAGGAUUUUCCGAAAGAAGGCAAUCCCAACCUUCACACCGACGAGGAGCAGGCGAUCGAAGUCAGUUACGGUGCCCAAGAGAAAAAAGAGCUCAUGUGGGUGUAAUUGGACUGAAAAUAACAGCUCCUUCUUGGGUAAACGCUAUGCUAACAGCAUUUUGGCAAC